UUAUCGAGGCGCACCGCAGCACAAACGCCACACUUAAAAGCCAAAAAGCCACCCUAAUUUUUGUUUAACUAGCUAUUUCUGCCUUAAUGCAACAGUCCGUGUCUAUAAAACAGGAAAAAAGCAAAAACGUCUGUAUUAAACAUGGCAAGAAAUUCUUAGCUGCUUUGCAGCGAACUUUAGCUGUAAUUCAACUCCCUCUUGGUCAGCGACAGGAACAGCAGAUAAAAUGAUCCCUCAUUUAAAGAUUAGAAACGCUUUUGGAAAUAUGCCAAAUGUUGCCUUCGCCCUGGUCAUUACAACAGUUUUAAAUGUAGGCUUUAGUCAGAGUAUUGAUAUUAAUCCGGGUAAAUGUCUCGUGUGGGGUCCUGGACUGAAUCCUGAUGUUGUGCUUCCUGUCAGAUACUUCUACAUUCAGACUGUUGAUUCACGAGGAGAAAACAUCACGGUCUCUCCUGUUAAAGACUCUUUCAAAGUGACGAUAUCCUCAUUGGAAAAGGAGUAUCUUCGUGUCCAUGUCCCAGCACCAUUGGAUCGGGGCGACGGCUCCCUGCUUGUCAGAUACCGACUCUAUGGAAGUUCUUUGAAGGGUUUGAAGAUUGAAGUUUUGUAUCAAGACAAGCCUGUGGCAAAGUCACCAUACAGUGUUAGAGGUCCUGUUCAUCAUGAAUACUGUGAUUGUCCGGAGUCCGAUGCGGCAGCGUGGCAGAGGGUUAUGCAGUGUCCAGAGGAAGACCCCCAAAUUCAAGAGGAUUUCAGUUCAUUCCCAUCUAUUGACCUGCAGCAGCUCCUGCAGGAGGUUCCACUGCGCUUUGCAAAGCGAGGAGGACUCAUUCACUACACCAUCUUAAACAACCAGGUGCAUCGGCGCUCACUGGGCAAGUACACCGAUUUCAAGAUGUUCUCGGAUGAGAUACUGCUCUCCCUCGCUCGGAAAGUAAAAAUGCCUGAUGUGGAGUUUUAUAUUAACGUAGGAGACUGGCCAAUGGAGAACAGGAAAGUGAAUGACAAACCUGGACCGGUGCCUAUUAUCUCAUGGUGCGGCUCCACGGACACACGUGACAUCAUUCUUCCCACAUAUGAUAUCACGCACUCAUCCUUAGAGGCAAUGAGAGGGGUAACAAAUGACCUGCUGUCAGUCCAGGGGAACACAGGUCCUGUGUGGUCAGAUAAAACGGACAAGGCGUUCUUCAGAGGCAGGGACAGUCGAGAAGAGCGCUUGCGUUUGGUAACCAUGUCCAAAGAAAACCCAGAGCUGCUCGAUGCGGGAAUAACAGCGUUUUUUUUCUUUCGUGAACGGGAGAAGGAACUUGGAAAAACACCACUGGUCGGUUUCUUUGAUUUUUUUAAGUACAAAUACCAGAUGAAUGUGGAUGGAACAGUAGCAGCCUAUAGGUUUCCGUACCUGAUGCUGGGCAACAGCUUGGUCUUAAAACAGGAUUCACCAUACUACGAACACUUCUACACACAUCUGAAACCAGGUGUGCAUUACAUCCCAGUGAAGAGGGACCUUUCUGACCUCAUCGAGAAGAUUAAAUGGGCUAAGAACAAUGACACAGAGGCAGAGGCCGUAGCUAAAACGGGACAAUCGGUGGUGAGAGAUCUGCUUCAGCCUCACAGACUCUACUGCUACUACUACACUGUUUUUCAGACCUAUGCAAAUCGUCAGAGCACUCAGCCUCUAGUCCAUCCUGAUAUGGAAAUAGUGCCUCAGCCAUCCGAUCACACUGCCCUGUGUAACUGUGAGAGGAGAUCGGAGGACCAGAAACAUCAGCAGAAGGACGAGCUCUGACAAAGAUGAACUGAUAAAAGCACUCCGUCUGAAACAAGUGU